AUGCAAGACGAUCCUUCCAUUUCCGUGUCUGCACCACCCAUGACUCCAACCCCCCAACCUGAGAACAACAACGUGAAUGCAGACAUCACGCCCACACUACUCCGCCGUAUUGCCGUAUACGUCGUGGAUUUCUUGCACCCCGCCCCCCUCCGCCUUGAAUACCGCCUUCUCUUCGCCCAGCUACCAAGAUACAAGCGCGUCUACCUCCCCAUCAUCGUCCUGCUCUUCUCCAUUGCCGAGUAUGAACAGCCAGGCUGGUUCCCGCGGCCAGACGAACUCAGCGCUGCGGUGAUAGGUCUCCUUGGCGCAGCAGCUCUCAUAUUCCCCACUUUUGCGCUGCUGGAGUACAUCGAGACACACACCUGGCCCUGGCAGGACGAGGGCUUCGUGUGGCCGUGGGAGGCGCUGCUGUGGAGUAGCACAGUGUAUUACGACGAGACUACAGACCAGAGCAUGGCUGCAUAUGAGGAUUGGCACGAUGUGCCGGCUUUACAGGGACCAAGUCUUGAAAUGGUGCGCGGUUGGAGGCAGCAUGAACAAACAAGUCCAACGCCUUCUACAACUCCAGAGGGCUCACCGGCAAGGCAGCUUCGCACCGUCGCACCAACACCUUUUCUACUCCACGGACUCAGACCGCUUCAUCUUCCGCCCCCUCCAACACAUCGCUCUGGGCUUCUGGGAGAGUCGCCGAUGUCCGUUCAAUUCAAACAUUUCGGUAGGCGUUUUGGUUCGGGGGGCGAUGAAGAUGAGGCACAUGAAGAACACGAGGAAGAUGAGAAAGAAUAA